UCCAGUCAACGUCACGUGUAACAUCUUCAUCAACAGCUUCGGAUCCAUCACUGAAACAACUAUGGACUACCGGCUCAAUGUAUUUCUGCGACAGCAGUGGAAUGACCCUCGACUGGCAUAUAAGGAGUAUCCAGAUGACUCUCUGGAUCUGGACCCUUCGAUGUUGGACUCCAUUUGGAAACCUGACCUGUUCUUUGCAAAUGAAAAGGGAGCAAACUUUCACGAGGUUACAACAGACAACAAACUGCUUCGGAUAUUCCAGAAUGGGAACGUCCUCUACAGCAUCAGGCUGACCCUUACCCUUUCCUGUCCUAUGGAUCUGAAGAACUUCCCCAUGGACAGCCAGACGUGUACGAUGCAGCUCGAAAGCUUUGGCUACACCAUGAAUGAUCUCAUUUUUGAAUGGCUGGAUGUGGGAGCGGUGCAGGUGGCUGAUGAUCUGACGCUCCCUCAGUUUGUGCUAAAAGAGGAGAAAGGCCUCGGCUACUGCACCAAGCACUACAACACGGGUAAAUUCACCUGCAUCGAGGUCAAAUUCCACCUGGAGCGUCAGAUGGGCUACUACCUGAUCCAGAUGUACAUACCGAGCCUGCUCACCGUCAUCCUGUCCUGGGUGUCCUUCUGGAUCAACAUGGAUGCCGCUCCGGCCAGAGUGGGACUGGGGAUCACUACAGUGCUCACCAUGACGACGCAGAGCUCAGGCUCCAGGGCUUCCCUGCCAAAGGUGUCCUACGUGAAAGCCAUAGACAUUUGGAUGGCGGUGUGUCUUCUCUUCGUGUUUGCUGCACUGCUGGAGUAUGCAGCCGUUAAUUUUGUUUCACGCCAGCACAAGGAGUUCUUCAGGCUGAGGAAGAAGCUCAAAGAGCAACAGCGGCAGAGAGCUCAGGGAAGUGGUGACAGUAAGGUGAAAGGAAAAAACAUGUCAGGCAACAAUGCUCCUCAUGGGAAUGUAGUCCAGCAGUGCAGUGCCUGUGCCAGGGAGGAGGAGCUGGCACAGCAGGGUUUACUCUUCCAGAGUUAUGGACUAGCCCUGGCAGCAGGGGCCGCACAGGAAAUGGAUGCAACGCCGGUCUUCGCAGAUUUACCUCCUGGUUUAGGUUUCUAUGAUAUUCGCAGGCGCUUUGUGGAUCGAGCAAAAAGGAUUGAUACCAUUGCUCGAGCUGUUUUCCCCAUGAGCUUCCUCAUGUUUAAUGUCCUCUACUGGCUUACCUACAAAGUUCUACGACAUGAAGACCUUCUAGCCACGCUGUGAUGACACAACGAACGAGGACCAUAAAGACACUGGAUACCUUUAAUUCUGCUCUCUUCACUGAAACAUUUACAGGCUGAGAGUCCUCAGCUGAGCCAUGCAAGAUACGUUGUGACUGCAUGUCCAGUGUCAUUGGGACAUUCCAAGGCAUGGAAGAGUCCAUCAAUUUCUUUACAUUUUUAAUACCUCCAAAGAAAUGCACUUUGCCUCAGCACUGAUGCUUUAUACAUCACACCUCAGUGUACAGUAUGUGUGUACAGUCAGCAUCUUUAAGGUCCAGUGUGUAACAUUUAGGGGAAUUUAGUGACAUCUAGUGGUGAGGAUUGCAGAUUGCAACCAACUGAAAUUUCUCCUGGUUAGAAUUCCUUCAGUGUUCAUUGUUCAGGAGGUUUUUACCAGGAGCCAAUUUAUUUGCAGAGGUCUCCUUAUCUCCUAAACCAUCAGACCAGGUGAUUUAAACCAGUAAAAACACUGAAUAAAGCAGUUACACGUUACAAAUCACUGUUUUCCAACGUUGUUCGGCUCGUCAGAGACAGGCCAUGAGCCCAGCAUUAACGUUAGGCAAUUAUACACGAAAGAAAACAUAAUUAUUAUAUUAUAUUCCACCUCUGCCAAUAUAACCCCUUAAAUCCUCCACCCUUGUCCUUUGAGAUUAUUAUCUCACACUUUUUUGGGGAAAAAAUAUCUGUAUGUGCAGUUACUGUAGCUUCACUGUAGCACAUUCUUAGCACACCUGUAUUUUGUUUAUUGUUAUUUUACUGGUGCAGUGGUCAACAGUGUCCAGAGCCACAGGUUUCAUACAAAACAAAUAUCACUACGGACAGGAAUUACACUGUGAAACAGCAGUGACUCUGCUGUGUCUCUCACCUUAAGUGACACUUUACAGACAUCAAAAUGUUUUGUUUCUAUGCAGGCUGCAGAAAUCUCAGAUUGAAUGCUAUUUUGUAAUAGCAUGACUAUUUUAUCAUGAUGUAAUAUUUAUCAGUUCACAUUUUAGACCCUCCCAUAGAAAGCCUGUCUGUAAUAAAGAAUGGAAUAAUCUGUUUAUGCGUUUCAAAUUUAAAUUAAGGCAUUUAAUGCCUAAAAAACUGAUGGACAAAUUGCCCAGAAAUUUUUGGGCAUCACUAUUGUACUGAUAUAAUGGCAUGGCACACACAUUACUUUUAUCAUUAUUCAGCCAUGUCAGUCAUCGGUUAAAGGCUUCAGUUUCGUUCUUGCAUAUUGGCCAAAGAUUUAUAUUAUCAAGUGUGCAUGAGAAAAGUUAUCAAAACAUACUGCUUAACUUGAGUUCUGAGGCCUGCACAAUGGGUGUUGUAUUGGUGUUUAACAAAGCCCAACUAUGUUACACACAGAGUAUUUUUUUCUUUAGAAACAAAUG